AUGAGUAACGGUAACAAGCAGACGAUGACUCAAGCCCUCCUCUCGGAGUCGGCAAAAAAGAGGACAUCAAUGACCCGAAUUGAGUUCGCAGAUGUUUUGGCCCAGAUUGGCGAGGAAGCGACCGUGAUCCUCGAGACACCGAAGCUUGUCCAACCCUCAGUGCAGCAUUCUCUUGAGGAUAUGAUCAUCACCACUCUGGUGCUCCGCCGGAACACUGAAAAGCUGCUUCAGAAUGCGCAAAGCAUGAAUAAAGAAAUCAAAGCCGCCAUUGAGAAAGCAAGGGAGACGAACAAAGACGAUGUUGACGGUGGUGCGAAGCCUGCGAAUGGUAACUCGGCUGAGUAG